AUGAUUGAUUUUAAAGAUAUCCUAAGGUGGACAGUGGAUGACCAUAAUGCCGCCCACGAGUCAGAUCUUGAGUGGCUCAAUGCUCAAGUGUCUAGUAUAGCUAGAGAUGAGCCCCAGAGGCGAGUGAUAAUUUUCACCCAUCACAGCCCGAGUGUUGAUUCGCGGUGUACAGACCCAAAACACAAUGGUAGUGAUGUAUCAACAGCCUUCGCCACAGACCUUAGUCGCGAGGAAUGCUGGAAUAAUCCUGCGGUUGUGACAUGGGCAUUUGGCCACACGCACUUUAAUUGUUAUUUCACAGAUAUGGAUGGGAAAUCUAUUAUAUCUAAUCAAAAAGGUUAUCGCUUAAUUCCAGCAAAGGGCUUUGAUGCAGGAAGGGCUUUCAAUAUUGGAGAUCGUGAAGAAAAUGUUUAA